AUGGCCAAAUUCGCGGAUUUGCCCGCUGAACUGCUCUACGAGUUCGUCGCGGAAGUUGUGAGCGAGUACGUCGAUCGCGCGGUCACUUGCGAACCCAUCGCCCUCCAAGAGGAAGCAGCAGCAGUAAUCGACCGCCCGCAACAGGUGGUCUCAGCAGACGGCUCCAAUCCUGACGGUGCGAUGUCGACGGAUCCACCAGACGAUGACUGGGACGACGAAGAGGAUGAAGACACAGACGACCCAUACUAUGAUCCAUGGGACAAAAGUCCUCAGGCGAAGCGUCGACGCGCCUUUCGCAAGUGGCAGAAGAAGGACAGGGAAGAGAAACUCCAUCAAGCCACUCUUGGCCCGUUCGGGGUGAAGAGGAACGUGGCGGGAAGCCUACGGCAUAGCCCGUGGUCCAUAAUCUGGCGUAUGCGGCGGCAUUAUCGCAUCGCGCGCUCAGAGCCCUUCGAGUCACGACACAUGAAGACCGACCAGCGGACGCACAACGCCAACUUCUACGACGCAGACACACAUGAGAAAUUCGAGGCGACGCGUCUGGACAUCUGGGCUGUCAUGUUCGGGCAUCAGGACUGCGUCGAGGCGAUCGCCCACCCGGUUCUGAGGCGCAGGAUCGAGCGUAGGGCGUAUGCUUCCGUCUUGGCUGGCGAAUGCUUUCAGCAUUGGGAAAUUGAUUCGAUACUUGCUCUCAACGUGGUAUUGGAUGGAUACCUACUCACAGCAGGACAAUGGGUCAAAUUCGCGAAACAAUCCGACAACUUCCUCUUAAUAUUCGAAGAGCUUGAGCGUAAGCAGAAGUGCAAUUAUGAUGAAGUGGAUUACCCUGGAUUGCCUGGCCCAGUCGUUGAGGCCGUCGGGAUUCGCCAAGUGUUUCGAGAUACUUUGGAAAUCGUCGCAAGCCUUCCCCGAUGUGGUCCAGAGAAUGGGGACGUCACUAAGGCUGUGAAAAUAGUGAAACGAGUCGCCCCUCGGUGGGAUGAGUUGGCGAAGACCUCAUUCUACGUCGAUGUUUUGUAA